CAGGAAUUGGGAGGAGGGCCAGGGAUCAUUCUCUUUGUUUGUGAUCUGGAGCAAAUGUAUGUUGUUUUUUUUGGUGAUCCAGAGCGGGAGCGAGUGAAGAGGCAUUAGCUUAUCCUCCGUGAACGAAUAUGGCGAUCUCCUCUCCACUAUUAAUCUUCAGAUUGAUGCUUGUCAUUUUACAUUCAGGAGAGAGCCGGGUUACGUGUUUAUGGGGCCCAUUUGUCCCAUCCCUUACUCUCCUUCAACUUAUUAUCAAUGAGGUCGUUUAUUUUGCUGAGUUCGUAGUAGAUUCCUAACACGAGUUUACUGAGGUGUUACAACUUUGUUGAUGUUCGUUCUGCUGAGUUAGAUACAACUAGGUUGCUUUGUUGAUCCUGACAUCAGAAUUCCUAGAAAGUCAGAUUGAGUUAAGAGUAAAAUUUUAAUAUCCAUUGCUGGUGUUUCGACAUACUCUUAUAGGUUUGACAUAGCAGCCUGGUGUAGUUACUUGCAUUAUACUCAAGAAUUACGAAGAGAAGAACAAGAUCAACACCAUCAUACUCUCCAUUUUUCUAGUUUACUACCUUCAGGAGGCAGAUCAUACAACAACAACUACCGAAUCACUGCUGCAAGAACUAGUUGUCGGAUUUUCUUCCAACAGAUUAUAAUCUAUCACGUUGUCACAACUUCAACUAAACGACAAGAUGGCAGCACGUCCACCGCCUCUAGGCACUGAGGAUGAGGACGAACAGCGACCGGCGUCUACCUCCAGAGAGGGAGGCUUUUCUCCCCGUUGGCUUGUCAGAAUGCGCCAGCGUGUGAGGGACAAGACCUCAGUCUCCACGGCUGUUAAGGCUUGCACCAAGGGUUCAUCUUCAGGGAAGGCAUCCUGGGAGAGACGUUUUCAAGGGGAAAACAGUCGCAGGAGAUGGACUUGGAGAUGGAUUAGGGUGAGCGCUAAUGUUUCGUCUGGAAGUUCUCGAGGACAAAGUAGCAGUGCUGGCCCGAUCGCGCAGAAGUAUCGAAUGCUUAUACCAUCUGUUAAGGACUCCUCCCGUAUUGCCUCAGGGACAACCAUCCUUGUAGCUUCCGUUUUUCAAGUUGGAAAAGAAUUAAGGAUGUAGCUGGAGUUGUGAAGAGUGCAAUGCUGGUGAAACCUCCAUAUCUGUAACCUUUGUGGAGCUCCUCUCAGCUGCUACGGUUGUCGCAUUAUACGGAAAAGGACUGGUGUAUUUUUUUCACGAAACCGAUGGUGUGGCUGAACCAGCGCAAUGGCACACGUUUUUGCACAGUUCCUUAGCGCUGUUGCUCUACAUUUGCGCCUGGCGUUAUUGGAAACAGAUGAGGAACUACAAAGAAUUUCUAUUGGCGAGGAGUUCGGGGAUGAGCAGUGGCGCUUCUUAUGGUGGUGGAUAUUGAUGUUGAAUUUUCGACAAAUUGAUAGCGCAAAAGGAAAAGCAAACUAAUUUACAGUUAAAAAUAUUUUUCGUUCCUCCCUCUAAAAUCAGCAGUUUGGUGUCACCGAGCACGCAGAGAUGUCCUCCUCGUCGAAGCCAAACCCGCCUCUGUCGAAAGUGCUCACUUUUCCGGCAAACUUCUAUUAUGACACUUGGAUUUUGUUUUCGAGCAUGAUUAGAUUUUUUAGAAGAUGGACACUCAUGCAUAGAGACCUUCAUGAUGACCAUUGAAUCUAGGAGUAUCGCUGGAAAGAAUACAUGCAACAAACAUCUCUCUGGUUUAUGUACUUAUUAAAUCCAUUCGACGGUUCUUGUGCUGCAAACUACACUCACACAAGAAAGAUCACAUCAAAGUAGUUCUUCUCUAACCUCUCAGCGGCACCGGCAAAGCUCUUCCUGUCGCAUCCAAAUCGGAUAGCAAAGCUUCCACCACUGCAGGCGGCUCCUCUUGCGCUUCUUCUCCUUUAUCGGACAAACUGAGCAGUCCUGCUACUCCUGAUAUCAAGAAUAAGAAUUUACUAGCAGGACCGUCGUCGCCUCCGAGCGUUCGUGGUCCAUCGCCAGUGUCUAAGGAUUACGAUACUCAGACCAGUGACGAAGACGAAGAGGCUAGACGUAUGAUCGCUUUAGGGUAUGAAGAACGCAUCAACCCGCAACAAGAAGGCGUGCGCAUUGGAUGGGGUACUACUGAUUCUGUCUAGUAGAGCAACUUGAAGAUCGAGAUCUUACUUGUUUUCACCUCAUGGACUUGUGCUUGUCGUAGUAGUCCUUUUCGUAAGCUUGUCGUUGUAUAUGACCUUGAUCAUCCUAGAAAGAUAGUUGGUGUACGAACAUUUUCACUUUCUUGCGUUCUGCUCACUUUCAAAAACUUUCUCAGUACAACAUCCAGGUAAUGCUCUCAUUGUCGUUUUCACGUACUGGCAUCGUGCGUAUUUCAUGCACUGCACGGUCGAGCGAAUCUGCACUCACCAUCCCCUGCGUGGUGAGCUUUUCUCGGUGCAUUCCUUGGUUUCUCCGCUUGCUGGCCGCCUGAUCGCUAUGGUUGGAGAGACGGUGUUCAUGUGGAAUGGUGUUAUUCCCUGUGUCUCCUGGAAGAACUACGCUCGUGAGAAAAAGCUAAUCUUAAGGCUAGAUUAUCCGUAUCCCAUAUGAUCUAUGGUGAGAUGGAGUGGAGUCCCCCCCUUUUUAGAUUUAAGGUGGAAACUGAGGGGAAAAGAGGGGAGCCCACUGACUCAACCAGGCAUGGUGAUAAGCUACCUUUUUAAGAAUCUUGUGUGCAUUGGUCGGCUUUGCGGAGAUGGUGUCGAACACUGGUGUCAUCAAGCGUCACUACGGCUUCUUCCUGGUUGAGAACUCGACGUGGACCAUCGUUUUCAGCGUGAUCUUCUGGCAGAUCUUCAAAAAGCGCUUCUUCUUGUGCAAAAUCGGAAGGGACCAAGAACAAAGCAAAAAUAUGAAGAGGAGUUCUGUCGGUUUUUAGUGACUUCUAAGUACGAGACUUAGUAAGUGAUUCUUCAUCUGCUAUUAUACUCGAACAAAAACUGAAAUAUCCGAGUUACUGACUGAAAUAAGGGGUGUAGCUUAACCUCAAGGCUACCCUUCCUUCUCAUCAGUCUCUCGGUUAUUCUGAUCAGUUACUUGCUUAUUUCAGUUUUUCGAAUAAUUAAAAGCUAUAUGUAUGAUUGUUCUCCUCAUCUUCAUCGAUAAUUCUGUAACAACCUGCUCUCAACCUCUAAUUCUAGCGGUAAGAAGAAGCCGGUGUUGCGCAUGCUGGUCCUUACUCGUUUCAUCGCGCUAUUGACGAUUGGGCUGUAUAUUGGUUACCAACUCUACUUCGACCUGCCGAUGUACUACUCUCUCUGGUGCGCACGCGAGAACGAGCCGGGUUACGAUUUGGCGCUGUAUCCGGAAGUUAUGAGGCUUCAUUUUUCACAAUACAAUGCGUGUCCAUGGAAGCAAGUGUAUUGUAGUUCUUUUUACCUUUAGCCGAAGCCGCCCCCUUAGGUGUAGGCAGAUGUAAGUUAGUAGCUUGUGUAGAAACUUUUGAUCUAUCACGACCCAUGCAGUAGUAAAACACUAACACUAUCAACAUCGGAAAAUAGAUAUUGAAGCUUCAGAAACAAUUAUGAAGAGAGUGACUCAUUAUUAUAAUAUGCAUGACUCUAACAAGAGCCUGUGGCACAGUCUGCAAUGCCAAACCUUGGUCGACAACAACAGUUCCGCUCUUCGCCCAGUGAUGCUUUGGCAAGCGGCGAACUACACUCUCGUCCCCCUUGUGAUCGUGCUGCUCUGCUGGCUGACGCAAGAAGGAAGCUAUGUGUUACUUGCUCUCGAUCGCCGCGUCUUUUGGAACGUGAAUGAAGAUCCGGGCCAGAUCUCUCUUUGGAUCAAGCGACCGACUAUUAAGGCAUCUUUUUACGAUGGAGCAUCUUUGACCGCCCUCCUAAGAGGAAAACUAGACGCCAAAGAUGCUUUUCCAGAUGAAUAUAAGUGAGCUCUAAGACUAGUAAAAAGCUCACUGCCAGCGCAACGAAAGUAAAGGCAGAGAUUGAGGGAGAUGUGGCGGAUGGUGAAGACUAGGAGGUUGUUUAGAAAGUAAGUAUUGAGGUCUUACUAUUCUUGAAGAUACUUAUAAGUUUCUUGAUGAAACUCUUGAGUAUAAAUGGCUGAAUUUGAAUCGAAAAUGUUACUUUGAAUGACUUGCUCGAAAAAAAGAGGCUGCAUUAUCAUGAGAGACCUGAUCGCGACCAUG